AUGUCUACUAGUACUAUCCCGUUCCAAGCUGUGCCACAGGAUAUCGCUAUUAAAGCAGAUCGUCCUCCGAAAUACGCCUUCCUGGCUUAUCCCCCGCCCCCUAAAAAGCGACCUACACAGCCGCUGCCUUCCCCACCUUCGUAUGCCAGGGCAGUUACCCCUCAAGCCCCCUUAUACAUUCGUCCUCGCUCGAAUACUUUUUCCACAAUCACCGCUUGGGUAGCCCACGUCCAGCCAGGAUCCCCUGCCUCUCUUUCUCCGCGUUCUCCGCGUCGCCGUCCCUCGAUCGGCCGCGGUCGCAGAGCAUCCAUUACGUCCGUCCGCGUCUCAUCAGGCUCCUUAAACGCUUCAGACACCCAUCGCAACGCCGCAACUCCCUCGAUACAGAAUUUUAAAGCUGACCUCACGUCCGUAGGCUAUAAUUCUGUUUUUUUGCAGUUCCCUAAGACUCCUAUCACUGCGACACUUCCUAUUGCGGUCAAGCCUGGCACUGCUGAGGCCGGGUACCGAAUCCCAAUACCUCCUGUGCCCGCAUCACCGACGCGCAAGCCUCGCGGGCUUACACGCUUACGAACCUUGUCCGUACUCAAGUCCCGCGGCAGGUCCAAGUCCGCGGCGCCCUCGUCUCCCACAAAGAUGAAGGCCAAGGCGGCAGCGUCAUCUGCUGCCGUAGUCAAGCGCAAGAGGGCGAAGUACGCUGGCAUGCGCCCUGCACCACUUGCCAACGAGCUCGCACUUAUGCAGUUUGUUGAUGGCGGCAGCAUGGAAUCCAACAUCAAGCGUGUCAUGGAGGCUCAGGCAAAAGCCGGCGCUGCCGGUGUCGGAGAUGUCUACCGCGAUGGCGAAGGCGGUAUCUGGUGGGAUCAGGAAGAGGAGUGGGAGUACGCCCAUCUCCUCGCGGAUGGUGCCGUGAGCGGCGCCAUGGGUGACCUUCAGUGGGUUACUUUUGGCGGGGACAAAUCGUUCUCUGCUAACCCUGACGUUGACGAAGAUCGUCGCGGCAGCGUUUCAACCCAAGACUCUGACUUGGAUCCGCGCUACAUCGUCCAGCCAACUGAUCAUCUUGACACGGAUGAUCUCGCUGUCUUCGGAAGCGCUCUUGCUCCCCUCGCUACUCGCAAGCCAGCAAUGUCUGGUUCUGCAUCCCCUAAGGGCCCCAAGUUUGCGCUGUCGGCGUGUACAAGUGGUGUCGCUAAGCCCAAGGGCAAGGCGCGCAGACGUCCCACGCCACUGACGCUCACCCCUCCCAGCCCUGCACACAAGCGGCCGUCAAACUCUCCCGUGGAUGCUGAGCGGACCCGCAAGGACUUCCUUGAGUCUUCGUUCGAGCCUGCGGUUCCUACUAUCCCUGUUGUUCCAGCCAUGUCCAGGGACGAUCGUGGCGAACUUGCCACGCACCUCGGCCUCUCCUUGCAGCCCAACAGCAGCAGCUCGCUGAGCCUUCCCUCCAAGAAGACUCUGGCAAAGAAGCCGGCGAGGCUUAACAUGAUGGGCCUCUUCAAGUCCUCCAAAAAGUAG